UAUUUUACCGUUCAAUUCCACUUUUUUGUUGAAAUAAAUUCAAAAAAAAAUUUUUCUUGGUUGGUAGCGCUGACCAUUAACCUCAACCUUCGAAAGCUAACCUCAAAACCGUGCCAAUGAGUUUUCCUCGCCUAAUUCGCUUAUUUUAGUGUUAAAAACUCCACAAUGUUCGCAUUUUUUACGUUAUUUUUAACCGCGGCCACCGUAACGUAUUGUGAUAACUUUUCCAGUAUUAACCUCCCCGAUUCUCACUUACCAUAUUACUUCACUAACUUUCCCAAAAUCAGGGAAAAGUGCGACAAAGACCCACAAUGCCCUUACAAAACCUCUCUAAACAGCCCCAAAUGCUGGGGCUACGAAUACAACUGUCUGGAAUCGGAGCGCUUUUCAGCGCCCCGAUGCCCAGGCGACCACAAAGGCUGGGUCAAGUCCAAGUCCGACCAAAUUAACACUUUUUACACCCAAGCCGAUUUCGGCUUUGUUAAGCAACAAUUGCGCGAGAUGAAACUGCUCUGUGAGCCCCUUUUCGCCGACGAUAGUUCUCUCGAGUGUUCGGAACAUUUGCGCUUUUGUCGGGGGCGCAACCUCAUGAUCAACUUCACCGAUUUGCGGACGCGCGAGGACCCAAUCAGGUACAAAAUGGACGUUUUAAAAGACGGCCAAAUUGGGGGCUACUGCGACUUUAAACAAGCGGCACUGGAGGAGCAGACGGACCACUUGAGCCCCUUGCAGAGCUGGGCCCCCGAAAUGAGGUACUUCGCUAGGCUUGCGCGUAGGCCGAUAGUCGAAGGCGAUUGCGAUGUAGUGAUAGAGAAACCCACGUUUAUUAUGAAAAUUGACGCUACGGUGAAUAUGUACCACCAUUUCUGCGAUUUUCUCAAUCUUUAUGCUUCAAUACAUUUGAAUUCGACCCAAUGGGACGCUUUCUCGACCGAUGUUCACGUGUUGAUUUGGGAGACUUACACGUACAGGUCGGCGUUCGGGGACACCUGGGAGGCUUUCACCGAUCAUCCCGUUUGGGAUUUGAAGACUUUUAGGGGCGAAACCGUGUGUUUUAAGAACGUGGUGUUCCCCCUUUUGCCUCGCAUGAUUUUCGGGCUGUAUUACAACACCCCGAUUAUCUACGGGUGUGAGAACAGCGGCCUGUUUCAAGCCUUCUCCCAACAUAUUUUACACCGACUCAAAAUCCCCUUUCACCCUCGGAACAAUAGGAAAAUUAGAAUUACGCUUCUUGCCCGCGAUACGAAAUAUCGCAGGAUUUUGAACGAGGACGAACUUGUUGAAGCCUUGGCGAAAAAUCAUGACUAUGAAGUGCAAAAAGUUGUCUACAAUAAGGACGUUCCGUUCAAGAAACAGUUAGAGAUUACGCGGAAUUCCGAUGUUUUAAUUGGGGUACAUGGGGCUGGCUUGACGCAUUUAUUGUUUUUACCGGACUGGGCGGCUGUUUUUGAAUUGUACAACUGUGAAGAUGCGAACUGUUAUUUCGAUCUGGCAAGGUUAAGGGGGCUCAAGUAUGUCACGUGGGAGAAACUGGAUAAACUAAAGUCACAGGAGGAUGGAACUCAUGAUGGUGGGGCUCACGCCAAAUUCGCCAAUUACUCUUUCGACGUAAAAGAGUUUUUACGAUUAGUUGCAAAGGCAGCAAAACACGUUGAAAACCAUCCCGAUUUUAAAAAUUUAAUUUCCAAACUUGAUAAUGAAAUGGACCAUGACGAACUGUAAUUUAUUACAAACUUUGACUAAUUGUUACUAAUGAGAUUAACUGUUUUUUUACUAAAUUAUUUAUUUGUACGUAAAAAUGUGAGAUAAAUAAAAUACUUGAAAGUCGAUUAGAGUUUUAAUUUGAUUUGUUUUGUAAAAAGGACACAUACAAUUGCGCAGUUGACCAACAUAUAAACGGUAAUAAUUCCUAAACUAACAACAGACGAAACUUGAAGUGUAUCACAUAAAACGUUGACUAGGCCGGUUAAUAAAUUACUGACCAGGAAAAAAACUAAACCGUUGUAGUUAAUAGCUUGAAAAAUGAGCGGUAGUUGGAGGUUGACAUGUAGCUUAUUCCUGAAAGUAUCUUCUAAAAUUUUCGCAAAAAUAUAGUAAAGUCCAGUCAUGAAAAUCCCAAUAAAAAGAACCCAAAAACAGUAGGCCGAGUUUGCCAAUUUCCGGGAAAUCCCACAAUACUUUUGCCAGAUUUGUGACAAAAACAGCAUCAAAGUGGCCAAAAAAACAAACUUGAUCACGGUUUUCUUAACCCCUUCCCCCCCUUUUUUCAAACCGACGAAGUAACUAAAAUUGGCCGAAAACAUGUACAAGGAGACGUACCCAAAACACGAGAUGAUCCCCUCUCUAUUAGCGGUCAAAAAAUUGCUACGUUUGUGAUCAUCCAUAACGAAAUUUUUCAAGCCACCCUGUAGCAAAGACUCGUGCGAUAGCAACAACAAAGUCGCAUUGAUAAAAAUAUAUUUGACUUCAAUCACGCUAAAAACGAGCGAAACUACGAUUUUGAUCACCGCCAGCGAUAUGAAAAAAUUCCAGUGGACCCCAUAUUCAGUCACCGGGACGUGAUAACCCAGCAGUUUUGUUCCAAAAAAGCGCCCCACGCCCAGUACCAAUAGCGGUACAGCCCCCUUGAGCGACCUCCCCAGGUCGGUCCGGCCCGCAUCCACGAUCCCGUUGGAGAAAAUGAACAGCCCCACGCCCACAUCCAUGAGACUGUACCCGUACGUCUUGGUUUUGGCAAACCGGCGCGGGAAAAUUAAAAAAUCAACGGCCAGAAUCGCAAUCACUGAAAUUAUGUUGAUGGUGGAGCGGCUGUUAGUGAUGUAGUCGUGGGUUAGGGGGGCUUGUGGUGGUUUGGCGGAGAGGGGCUUGGAGCCCCGCAGCCACAAAAUCAGCGAUAGGGUGAUGAUGAGAAAUGUGGAGAGGAGUUCGAAAGUGUAGUCCGAUAAUACUGUCACGUUUAAAAUAAUGGGGAGGACUAGAGUGAGGAAUUCUAUGGUGAAUUGGAGGGGGAGGUUUUUGGGGCGGGUUUGGAGCAGGGUCACGAUUAUUGUGGUGAUGGUGGUGUAGAAAAGGCUCGGGAGGAUUACGCCGAUUAUUUCGUAGGGGGUGGUCCCCGUGGAAUGCAUCAGGUGGUCCCUUUGGGACUUGGACAUCUUGACCGGUCAAAAAUCUGGAAAAAAUUAUACUUGUUGGUUAAACUGGGGCAGUUGAGCUACCUGUACUAGUCAUAGCCCUGUAGCAAUUGCACAAAAUAAAUUAUAAACAAUUUAUUGAUUUUUCGGGACAUAACCACAAUUCGCUCAGUGAUUUUUGUGUUUAGGUGUUGGUACCUAAUUCAAGUUUUACGGCUAAUAAAAGGCGAAUUUGGCAAUUUCAUACUUUAUUUAGCUUGGGAUUGAAUAAAACGGCACAAAUUGGUCGAUUCGUCCUCAGUUGUUCGAGUUUUUGUCGUCACUGUCCAGACUGUAGGUCUCCGGUAGGGUUUUUGAUUUUUUGCAGUGUCGCCUCAAAAAUUUCGAAAUUCUUCCCGCCAAGCUGGGCCUGCGACUGUUCGAAGUUUUGCUCUCCAAACUGAGCGUGUUUUCCGAAAGCGUUUCGGUUUUAAUACUGGCCGUGUUUUCGUGUGGUUCCUCCUGCUUGUUGUAGUAGGGGUCCCACGAAGACAGGGGUACGAGGUACUCGUCGUUUUGUUGCACUAAGGUCGCCAGGUUGACCAUGGAGGGGCUUUCGCCCAGGUGGGAGCCGUCCCCCGGGAUGGCGAUGUCGUGCAUGUCCCAUUUGCUGGGUCUGCGCUUGAACGAGAGCCCAUCGCACCGCACUCGCACUAUUGUUAUCUCCGAAUCGGUGGGCUUGAUGUCGGAGGGGCUGAAAUAAUCGCCCUCGCUUAUUAACAUGUUGGGCUCUUCGAAUCGUAUGAAUUUGUCGCUGGUGGUAGCCGCACUGGAGUAGGCAUAUCUAUAAUUUAUGGGAGUCGACUGUUUAGAGACGUUGUAUUGACCCAACUUUUUACGAGCGUCGAUUAUGUCGUCGAUUUGUUUGUAGUUUUCGAACGAGUUCAGCAUUUUUACGUGGAAUUUUGCAUUGAGGUGUCAUUUGAGUGACUUUUGAGACGGGUUUGGCACGUUUUUAUUUAGCAACGGGGAAAAAUCCAAAUCCAAAAGCCCAAUUUUUGGACCCACCUCUCUCAACAUAAAAACCAAUCAAUAACAUCAGAAUAAAAAAAAUAAUUUAAAAAUACAAAAAUUAUUUUUUACAGCAAUUACUACAAAUUCUUUUGCUCCUUGUACACAAUGCAGUCAGUAAUUAUACCACUUUUACUUAAACUUAGAACUUGAACACUUUGAACUCAUAAUUAGUUAUUGUGUAAUAAAAUUUUAUUAUAAAUAAAACGUAACGAUGACUUAAGUGGUCAUAUUCCAGAGCUUUGGGCGUUUCUACUGUUAUAGUGUUCACAGUUUUAGAAGUAAAGUUGUAAUUUUUGUUGUUAAAAAAAAACAGUUUAUGGUCAUAAAAAAUUGCCCUUCUUGUGGGUUUUGAUCGCGAAUACUAAUCAAAAAUCAAAAACUCUAAUUUAAACACUGAUGGUCCCCAUUCGAUGAUUUUGUCUUAAUAGCAAUUACGGUAAUGUUUAUUGCGCCUUCUGUUCUUACUUAUUUUGCCCAAUACAUCAUUCAGGAUAAAAGAGGUAGUUAAUGGAAGUUAACGAUGUUUACAUUUUUUGCUGUCAUUUGAUCGGUGCUUAUGUUAAUCACAUGCGAGGAUUAUUAUUUAACUCAUAAUUACACGUGCAGCGAGUCAGUGGACCUAUAAUACACCAGGGGAUUCACGUAAAAUUAAGCGCCUCAGACACAUGAAAUUAUUUAUAAUUAUUAAUUAAUAUCGACAAUGUAUUGUGUGUUGCAUUUUCUUUUUGAAAGGCUCGUGGUUUUACGUUAAACGACCUGGUGGUAUAUAGGGUGAGCCAAGUAUAUUUUUUAUUUUUUUCGAAGCAUCUAAAAAUACUAAGUAAUUCUAUUAAGGGUAAUGAAAGUUUGCAAACGCUGGCUUGAGUAAACACCAUGAUUUAGCUUUGGAGUGAUUGACAUCAUCAUGACACGCGAAAAAUCACUUAUCAUAAUUAAACCGAAAUGACUGUUUACUGAAUUGGCUUUUAUUCAUUAUUAAAGUGUCAUUGUUUUUUUUUGUAUGAUAUUUUUUGGACUUAAUUUUUUUGUUUCUAAAUCCUACAGAAUUGAAAAAUAAAGUAUAUAUGUUCUGCUGCUGGAUUAAGACACGAAAUCGCUUAAAAAUAAAAUUAUGCUCUAUAAUAUAGCUAGGUUCCUUAUAAUAUACUACCGGGGGACUUAAAGAAAUAUUGGAAAGAUUUAAUUAUUUAUUUUAUUUUUUAUUUUAGAACUUUCGAAAUAAAGUGUAUAAAUUACCUUCUAAAUGUAUUACAGUGGAACUUUAGUAGUCCGGUGAUUCACAUAAUUUUAACCCUGUGGUUUUAUCUGCUGUUUUUGUUAUAUUUUUUUUAAUGAUUGUUUAAUUUCUGAAUUAUUUAUUGCUUAUUUAAAGUAGUUUGACCUAAAAACCAUGGCAUUAUCACAUUGGCAAGCUGCAGAAAACAAGAGGGUGGCCAAAAAUGUUAGAAUUGACGGCGCCAUCUGUUCAAAAUUCUUUGAAACGACAUUUAGUUGCCUUUCGAAGAGGGGAUGAAGUAUAGAAUUCAAUGAACUCCUAUGACAUAAUUAGUUCACUUCGCACCGUCGAGUAGUGCACUUGAACUCAACUACUUUCUAGCGCUCUCCAUAUUGACCUACAUCUACAAAAAUCACUUUCUAAUUCUCAAAAUAACCUAAGAUUUUUGACCAAGUAAUUGCUACGCAACGUACACGGAAUAAUUGG